GACUGGCGUUGUCAUGGCAACGCCUAAACACUCGACAUGGCGUCGCUUCUAACGGAUCCAUUGUUUGAGACUUGUGGACGGGGUCCUCCGCCAAUUAAAGAUUAUUAUCACUUUUUUGUCACCAAGUCAGAAAUAAUAUGGAGAUGGUGGAAGAUCUCUCCCAGAAUGGUGUACAGACACACCAAGCCUGGAGAGGUGAAGGAGUCUCUCAGUGACUUCUUGGAGGACAUUGAUCUACAGAGAGAAGUCAGAGUGGUCUUUGGAGAUCAUGUCUUGGAGUUCACCAUGGCUUUGUGCGAAGGCCGUUACAAUUAUCUUGAUCGACUGUCUGACUCCCUCCUCCUACGGAUAAUAAACUUUCUGGAGCUUGAGGAUGUUGAUCUGCUUGGACAGACCUCACGCAAGUUUCAGCAGCUGUGUGGGUCAGAGGAGUUCUGGGAGCAGGCAAUGCGUCGCCAUUGCUGCAGCAUUUCUGACGAAGUGGUGUCUCUGGCGAAGGAAAUAGGCUGGCGCACCGUUUUCUUCACCAACAAGUUACAUCUGCAGAAGCUGCUCAGCCGCAGGAGGAAGAUGUCUAAGGAGCAACAGGAAGGCCCCGGCACUGAUGAGGCGACACAGUCAGGGGAAUCUUCCACUGAAAGCUUUAAGGAGGAAAUUGUCUCUGGUGCUGGAGCUGAUCCAGACUUUGACAAUAUAGAUCCACAAGUUGACAGCACUGAGCCACAAGUUGACAGCACUGAGCCACAAGUUGACAGCACUGAGCCACAAGUUGACAGCACUGAGCCACAAGUUGACGUCUUCAACCGUAAUGCCACCUCUGGUUCAGAGGUUGAAGUAUGAGUCCAUCAAACUCCUUUGCUGACCGCUUCAGGGACAACAUCAGGUUAUCUGAGGUUGAGACGUUGACUCAAAACAGGAAGUUUUGACAGGAAGACUUGAGGCAAAACCUUCUGCUCCCUCCCUAUCUGAACAGGAGCACAAAGCCAAUCUGACUGACUUAUGCCUCAUUAAAAAUGGCUAAAAUUUAAGUUCAACUCUUAUAGUUGUAUUACUAAUGUGUGAUUAAAUAUCUGGUUAGUUGCUCAUUUGAA